AUGGAUGAUGCCCUCACGACUCGCCGAUCCCUCCUGGCGAAGAAGCCUACUCCGCCACCAUCAAAGUCGCCACCGCCGUCACCACCGAAGGCGCCCAAGAGGAUCCGGCCACCUCCUCCACCAGAGUACGAGCCACCUCCACCGUACGAUUACAACCCGCCCGAGGCCUGGCCGCCGAUCCCGCCGCCGCCACCGUCGCCUACGCCGCCACCCCUGAUCACAGGAGGUCGGCGGCGGCCUCCCCCUCCGAGUCCCAAGCCGCCUUCCCCCUACCCACCGACGCCCGACUACGCUCCUCCACCCUCCGAGGACUCCGACACUGAUACGUCGCCGCCUAUUAUAGCGAAGGUUCGGUCACCACCCCGCGCGCCCAAGCCCCCGCCUCUCCCGCCACUCCCACCGAGUCCGACGCGCAACUGGUGGAAGGUGCCCCCUCCUUCCCCAGAAAACCAGAGUAAACGCCCCAGUGCGAGCGAGACUCCAAGCUCCAGCCCCUCAGCAGGCCAAAAGAAGGCCGCUUAG